AUUUAUAAUACUAUUAAUAUCUAAAUUAAAAUUAUAAACAAAAUAUAUUCGUUAUUUUGGGUAUUUAUAGAUGAAAAUGGAUGUUUUGGAUAAACAAUUCUCAAAAAAUUUUAUAUUCAUGAUUACUUUCAAACAAAAAUAACCAAUUUAAACUACAUAAAUUGAGUAUUUUUGAGUUUUAAAGUUAUUUUGGAUAGGUUUGAGUAGUUUGGAUAUAGAAUACCCGAGUCGAAUCAAGUAGUUUGGUUACUUUGGAUAAAACCCGGACCCAUCUGGAUCCGACUCGAACCCGAUCUGGAAGACUAUUUUCAAAAUCUGAAAAACCGAUACCCGAAUGAAUAGUAUCUAUACUCUAAGGGAUACCCGAAUGACCAACCCUCUAACAGAGAUACAUUGUCGAGGAAAAAGGUAUCAGGGGUACAUAAUUAGGACCUCGAAAGGUUUUGACAAUGACAACUAGAUAUAUAAUUACUUAAUCAGUUAUUGAAAAUAUGAAAUUAGUAAUCAUCUGAUGAUCUAAGGAAAAUGUUAAGAGGAAUAACAUUUAUAAUUAUGUAAAUCAGACUGGGUAGUAAUUUUAUGCACAUGUUUGAGCCCAACAUAUCCCACAAUAGCUAUUGACGAAAUGUCAACAUGAGAAUUUAUAUCUAAUAAAAAGCCCACAACCCAGGUUAGUCAAUUAGGUCCAUCUAACUAUAUGAAGUCAACCUAGUUUCACAGUAUCUGAGCAGUCACUGCUGAAUUCGUCAAGUCCGAUCCUUUUUUUCUCAGAGGCUCCAAUUUUCAAUGUGAAAUAACGUGAAUCCCGUAUAUAUGUGUAGAGAGAGAGAGAGAGAAAGACGAGUGAUGAGCUCAUAGAUCUAUCUAAUAUUAUAAAGAAGAGUUUCCCUCAUUCUUGGUUGAGACACGUCAUCAAUUCAUUUUCUAAGGCGACACGUGUCCUAUUUUUUAUACAUUGUGUUUCAAUUAACUUGAUAAGUUACAUGUGUGGGUUUUAGGUUCAACUCAGAAGUCCAGUCCGUUAGCUCUUAUUAUAGUUUGUAAUCGUACUUAGCUCUGGAAAAAGAUGGUUCUUGUGUGAACUCGUUAGCUCGAUGUCUCUCGUGCACACUAAAUUUUCAUCGGACGCCAGACUUGUUACAAGUGGUUCUAUGUACCUACUAGCACGAGCUUCAUUUAUUACAUAUUUUCGGCCAAAAAUUCUUCAAAAUUUCCCUAGGCCUAUUGUUAUAAUCUCAAGAUUAUAAGCUUCACCUGUGUUUCUUUGUAUAAGGUUCGAGGAUUUUGUAACUCACAUUUUUUUAUAUUUUAUUUUUUUAAAAAGUGGCAAUUUUUCUGUUUGCUUCUUGCUUCUAUUCUUAGAAAUACUAGGACGGGCUCUGCCCACUUGUGAUUCUAGUGUAUAUGUACCUAACUAAUUCAUGGUAUAUGGCACCAUGGCCAGCUCAACAUUCUUGUUUUUAAUGGAAGACUAGGUGGGUUGCCUGCAAUUUUGAGGGUAUAAAUAUUGUUUGAAAAUUAUAUAUUGUAUUUAUAAUUUUGUGAUUUUGAAUAAUAACCAAAAUUAUUAAAUUAAACUUUAAAUUUUAAAUAUUUUAAAAUCAAAAGUCUUGGUAUUAGUAUAAUUUUAGAAGAAUUUUGAAAUACAAUGAUAACUAUAUUUGUUUUAAUAUAAGUUUCCAAAUGUCUUUUUAUGACAUAAUUUGUGAUUAAUAAAAAUUCAAGAAUUAAUGAACAAAAAAAACUUUCUAUUUUGUGUAUUAUCUUGUCUACCACUUUAUUUUAUUUUGAUGCAAAUAUGUUACAAAGUUAUCACAAUUUUGGCAAAUCACAAAUCUCUUUCUCACACAUUUUUGAUUUAGAGUUUAACAUAAAACUCACAAUUGGAUAACCAAACAAAUUCAUCUUUAAUUUUAUUUAAUUUAAUCAUCACACUAUACUAUCUUUUUAGACACUGAUUCUUUUGACCAACAUUUUCAUUAAAAUUAAUCAUAAUUUAGAUAUUUUAAUUAGUCUUAUUUUCAUUUUUUAAAAAUUACUUUAAUAGAUCCUAUUUUAAUUAAAUAUGAUAAAAUAACUAUAUAUCAGAAAAUAACAUGAUUUAUUUUUAUAAUUUUAGAUAACAUGAUAUCAUUAUUUUAGACAUAUAUACUUAAUAUUAAUGUUAGAUUCAAUAGUUUUUUACAUCAAAAUAACAUGUUUUAUUUUUAUAAUUUUUUUAAAAUUUUGUUAUCAUACAUUGUAAAAAUUUAUUAUACAGUAAGAAUGCAUAUCAUUAUUAAUUUUGUUUUGCAUUCAAUUUAAGUUAUAUUUUCUAUAUUCGACUUAUUAAUUUUAAAACUUAUCAUUUAUAUUUAUUUUAUUUAGUCAGUUUAUCUUCAUGUUGUAAAAACACACAAAAAUAAUUAAUUCACAUUUAUAGUAAUACGCAAAACACAUGUAUUUUAAAAAAACACAUGUACUUUUACAAACAAAUGAAAAAUUAAGUACUUAAAAUAUAAAAUAACCAAAAAUAGAACAUGCAAGUUUUAUUAUUUUUCACUCGUGUUUUUAAGUCUUCUUUCUCUUUUCCUUUUUAAAAAUAAGCAUGCCAAUUUUAUUAUUAUGAAAUAUAUAAAUUAUGUGAAUAGAGUAUUAACUCUAGUCUUAUAUUGAUAUAAUGUUUCAAUUUUUAAUUUUAUAUUAUAAUAAUUUUUUUUAUAAAUAUUAUUUUAAGACAAUUUAAUAUUUAAUUUUAUUAUAAUCAAAGCUAUACGAAUUAUAUUAAUAGAGUAUUAACUAUAGUCUUGUAUUAGUAUAUUGUUCCGGGUUUUCAAUUUAUAUUAUAAUAGAAUUUUUUAUUUAUUUAAAUGACUUACCAUAUAAGUUUAUGUUUUUAAAUAUACAAAUGCUUUAAUCAUUUCUGAAAGUAAUAAAUCAACUAUACCAUCAACAUUUGUCACUAAAAAUGAUUGAAAUUUUUUUAAAUUGUAUACUUUACUUUUUUGCAUUCAUUGGACAUAUUUUCAGAAAUAUAUAUAAUGAGUGAGCAUAAGAAAUAUUAUUAGGUUUAAGUUAAUUAGUUUUAUGCAACAUAAUAUUUAUUUUAUUCACUAUCAAUAAAAUAAUUAAUAAAACAUGUUUAAAACUGUAUAUAUAAGUAUUUCUAAAAUAUCAUAUGCAUUUAUAUGUAUAUUCUGAAUAUCUAUAAUGUAAUCUCUUAUAAUUGAUUGUUUCCAUAACCAAAUUAUGUUAGUUCAUCUAUAUUUAGGACGUUUAAUUGUUUGUUUGGUAAUAUAGAUUAGAUUAGGUAAUUCGAAAAUUAGUUUCCUUUUAGAAAAAUUAAUUAAAUAAAUGAAAAUUAAAAUAUUAAUAACCAAUCAAAUUAAAAGAAUUAAUUCUAAACUUUACAUAUUAAUGACACAUAAUCAAAAUCCACUUAAAUAUCUUCUCAAUUAAUAUAUAUGAAGAUAAUUAACUGAACUAGAUAUACAUAAUUAUUAAUAGAAAAAAAUACAACCAAUUGAUCUACAAAACAUUAAUAACAUAAAUGAAGAGUCGAAAACACGUCAUCCUACAAAGAUUUGCAGUCAAAAUGAAUACCCGUGAGUCUUCACGCCUAAAUUAUUCACAACUUCGCACUAAUCUAACUGUAUAUGUGUACAUUCUCUUAUUUUCAACUUUGUUUAAUCGUUCUUAUACUUUAAUAAUUGAGACAUUAGACCCAAUAAUUAAUAAAUAUUUCUCUUAGACGUCACACGUUAGCAACAAAAUUUCAAACUUAUUUCAAUAGGUCGUACACCUCAUUCACCAUAAUUUCUAUUAGUUUAUUUUAGUAAAAUAUAUACUUUUCGUUUGUUUUAUAAAUUACUGCAUUUAGUUAUGUUGUGGUCCUUCUCCUUCAUGUGGGGGAAAAUGAUCAAAACAUCUUCUUAUUUAAAUGUAUGAGGUGUCGACCAACUCUCCAAUCUUAUGAUGUCACAAAAAUGAUUUGAGGCUUAUUAAUCUAUAACAUUCAUAAUUUUGUGUUGUAUGUUUUUCUUGAUUAAUUAUACCAAUACCGCUAGCUCUAAAUAUUUUCCGGUAUUUUACGUAUUUUUGCUCGAUGAUUUAGCAUUUAAACAUAAAAUGAAAAUUUUACUUGUUAAUAUAAACUCAAAGAAUACUGAUAAUUUUUUUCUUCGAAAACUUAUACGUCUUAAUCUUGAAAUGUUGUAUUUUGUUUAUCAAAUUCCUAGUUAGUAUAUAAAAUCAUAUUGAAUAUAAUCGAACUGAAACCAUUAAACAAACAUCUAUAGAGUCUUGGAACAGGAAAAAAACAACUAACAUAUAUAAGAUUAUGUUUGAUAGUAAAUAAUAUUUCUGAUAGACAAAAAACAUGCAAAGUAUCAACGCCAACUUUGCUACGUUUAACUUAAUAUUAAUUAAAAUGAUAUAUAUAUAUAUAUAUAUAUAAUCCAAAACAUAGACGUUUAUAUUAAGUUUAACACAAAUUUAGCAUAUCCAUAACAUGUUAUCUAUAGUAGACUAUGUUUUUUAGAUGAAAUUUCAAAUUUAUUGAUCAAUCAAAAAUAGGCAUUUACAAAAAAUAUCCAUGACAUGUUAUCUAUAGUAGACUAUGUUUUAUUUUAAUAACUAUUGUUUUAUAAAAAAAAAACUGAAAAUAAAAGAAAAUAACAAUAAACCGAACCUUAAUUCGAUUUAAACACCACAUGUCAAUUUUAAUCAUGAAAUGAAUUUUUCUACUUUAUUUAAUAUUAAAAAUAACAUUCUAUCAUCGAUGCAUAGCACAAAAGAACCAUAUAUAUAUAGAUUAAAUUGCAAGAUCAAAAACUAGAUAGGCUAGUCCAAGUCCAGGUCCGGCCUUAAUAAAGGUUUGGUGAUGCAGAAUCAGUUCACCACGACUAAGUUAAAAAGGUUUGAUAACUAACAUGCAAAAAAGGUUUGAUAAAAAAAGAAGCUAACAUACAUCACUGUAGUUUUUUUCACAAAAAAUAAACAUACAACCGUAGCGAUUGUAGUCGAAGCGGCUAAAUCUUUAUCAUAUACCAUUAAAAGAAAAAAAAAUUAAAUAAAAAAAGAACAAGUUGGUAUUGGCAGCCGAAUUUUUUUUUUUCUCUUUGAACAUUGAUAGUGUUAUUAGUAGUAAUAAGAAAUCUAAGUAAAAAUAUACAUGAUGGGGUCCAUAACUAUGUACCAUGAUAAUCUUUCUAGAAGCUUUUUUAAUCUUAAAACGAAUUUUAAUUAUUUUCUUUUAACUAUAUAUAGAAGUAACUGUUUUCAUAUAGUUCAAAAAUCUUUUUCGAGUUGGAUCAUGUGGUAGCCCGUCUUUACUUUUUAACACUUGAUACGCUAGAUCUUCUAGGUUUACACCUGUUGAUCCAAUUUUUCCAUUCGAAACAUAUAUAUGCACGUAAAUUGGAGUGAUUAAUUUUUCUUGAAUUAUUGUUGUGAAUACUUGUUGAAAUUUGUUUUUGUCCAUACGUGUACAGUCCUUGUCAGAAUAGCUUUAUAAAUAUUGUUUUAUAGCAAAAAAUGAUCCUAGUUUCUUACGUCAUUAAAGAUUUUGUCUUUGAUGCUUAUCUAACACCAUCGGCCUAAAUUCUACUUUGAAAAACGAAAGCUGCAUGAAAAUCAUUCUAUAAUUUAUCAAAUGAAAACUAAAACCACAACCAAGAUCAUACAAUAAUUAAAAUCUAGAAUUCUGAUAAUUUAACUUUUUAUGAAACCAUCUUUAAGUUUUGCGAUCAAGGAUUCAAGGGAACUUGCAAUCUCCAAAAAUAUAUAUAAAAAUUAAGUGUUAUUUCUAGUUCAAAUCUUUAGAAAACAAGGUUGAAUCGGUUUAACCAAUUCAAGAAAACCCUAGCAUUACCAUAAAUGUUGAUAUGUAUGGCCGAAAGACCACAUAGAUACAAGGUGAGUCAUCGAUACUUUAUUGUCUGAAGGGAAUUUUCUGAUUUUCCUAUUGCCCGAAUUAGUAUACACUUCAUUAUGCCCAUUAUUUCGAGCAUAUUUUCUAAUUUAUCAAUAAACUAAUCAAGAAUUACUCUUAAAGCAUGUUUUUUCAUUAUUUUAUUUAGCAGGUGUUGAGGUUUUACUGGCUCAGAAGUUAUUUUCCAGAAAUAAAGACAACCCACUAGUAUUUUAUAAUGUAUAUUUCCCCAAGAACUUAAUCCAGAACAAAGUUAUGCUUCUAUGAUGAUGUCUUUUAAGUGUCCAAAGACAAAACAUUGUUGUUCAAGAAUAAUUUUUUAGUGAUGACGAAUAAAUAUAUAUGGUACGGAUCUAUGUAUGGAUUUGGUAAUAGGGUACUUGUAAAAUCUUAAUUGGGUAAGAAAAAAUAAUGAGCUGGUUCUCAUUAUGUGUCAACACUUGUUCGAAGAAUAGAGGUUUACCAAGAUUGUUUCCGUGAUUGAGGAACUCAAGUUAAAAUUUAUAUAAUUAAGAAGGCUAAUGAUAGACCAUACAUUCACAUAUGCUACAUGAUUAAGUAUAGGGUCUUAAACUAAAGUAAAUGAAAUAAAAUAUAUAGAAUAAACUCCCAUAAAAAGUAAGAAGUGACUGUUCUUAAGCACAUAUAAAUAUAUACACACAUGUUCAACCACAACCAUCAACAUAGUAUAGCAAACUAAGCGCCCUCUUACGUGCACAAAUAUACGCAUAAGUUGUAGCUAGUAUUGGUUGUGUGUGAAAGAGUGUUUGAGAAUUCAAGAGAUAUGCUUGACUGGGGAGUUGAUCAAGUCCAGCAGCGAAACCAUGAUCUUUAUCAACAACAACAGCAACAACAAGGAUGUAGAAAGGGACCAUGGACACCUGAAGAAGACAAACUUCUUUCUGAGUAUGUUACUUCGAAUGGGGAAGGAAGAUGGAGCUCUGUUGCUAAGUGUGCAGGGUUGAAUAGAAGUGGCAAAAGCUGUAGACUAAGGUGGGUGAACUACUUAAGGCCAGGGCUUAAGAGAGGACAAAUCACUCCUCAAGAAGAAGGAAUCAUCCUAGAACUUCAUUCCCUUUGGGGUAACAAGUGGUCAACAAUCGCAAGAUAUUUACCAGGACGAACAGAUAAUGAAAUCAAGAACUAUUGGAGAACCCAUUACAAGAAGAAAGAAAAAUCUUUUUCGAAGCAAGAAAAAGUCAAAAGAUCCCGGAAACAGCUAGAUUUGAAACCACAAUCACAACAGCAACCUCAACAGCAGAAUCAAUCAUCUCAGUUUGUGUCUGAAGACCACAAGAAACUCGACAACGAGCAAAACACUUUCUCUUACCAGACUAGUGUCUUCUUCACUGACCAAUUUCAUAUGCCUCAAGUUGUUGCAGCGACCUCAAGCGACCACUCCAUGAUGGAUGAAGGUAACUUGUGGGGCAGCUUGUGGAGUCUAGACGACCAUGAUCCACACCAUUUUGGUGGUUGCUCGGAACAGAGAACAGCUUCUAACGUUUCUGAGAAGUUUAACGGCUGCGGAAUUGAUGCUCCGUUCUGUGGAUCAUGGGAUUAUAGUUAUAAUGGAUUUAACACGAGGCUAUAAUUAUUAAUUAGUAUGUACGGAGAUAUGAAGAAAGCUGCGUCUUCGUACGGUUACUAGAAGAAAGAAAGAUCUCGAUUUGUAUUUUUCUAACCUUCCUAGCGCAAUAGACCGGACUAGUGAGGCUAAUAAAAUGGUUUGGAAUAAUUAUGUCUCCACAAAUCUACUUUUUUCUUUUCUUUUGUAAAAGCUUUAUGGAAUCAAGUCUCCUGAUUUAUCGUUUCAUACUA